AUGAAUGAGGAUUUUGGUGACACCGUUUGCUCUAAUCCUGCUCCUCCUUCUCCUUUCCACUGCUCGGUCUGUCUUCUUCUUCUUCUUCUUCUUCCUCCUCUUCUUCUUUUUGUCCACUUGUCGUCAGCUUUCUCUCUCUCUCUCCCUCUCUCACACCCUGUCUCUCUCUUGAUGUGUAGAAGUAGAUCGCUCUCCGACUCUCUUCACCAGCUCCACAGCCCCGAGACCGACGUCACUUAUGCCAGCUGA